GACAGAAAGAAUCUAGUAGGAAAGAAAAAGCAAAAGGGAGAGAGUGGGACAGGGCAGCAAACAAGUGCAGGUGGAAGGUGGGAAAGAAGGCAGCAAAGGCCAUGACAGAAGCCUGGGAUGUGGCUGUAUUUGCUGCCCGCCGGCGCAAUGAAGAUGAUGAGACCACCAGAGACAGCUUGUUUACUUACACCAACAGCAACAAUACUCGGGACCCUUUUGAAGGUCCCAACUAUCACAUUGCACCACGAUGGGUCUAUAACAUCACUUCUCUCUGGAUGAUCUUUGUGGUCGUUGCCUCAGUCUUCACUAAUGGUUUGGUAUUGGUGGCCACUGCCAAAUUCAAGAAGCUACGGCAUCCACUCAACUGGAUUUUGGUGAACUUGGCAAUAGCUGAUCUGGGUGAGACAGUUAUUGCCAGCACCAUCAGCGUCAUCAACCAGAUCUUUGGCUAUUUCAUUCUUGGUCAUCCCAUGUGUGUGUUGGAAGGAUACACCGUGUCUGCUUGUGGCAUAACAGCCCUCUGGUCUUUAGCCAUUAUCUCCUGGGAGCGUUGGGUUGUUGUCUGCAAGCCCUUUGGAAAUGUCAAGUUUGAUGCCAAAUUGGCCAUGGCUGGUAUUGUCUUCUCCUGGGUGUGGUCUUGUAUUUGGACAGCACCACCCAUCUUUGGCUGGAGUAGGUACUGGCCCCAUGGUCUGAAGACAUCAUGCGGUCCAGAUGUAUUCAGUGGCAGUGAGGACCCUGGAGUUCAGUCUUACAUGGUUGUGCUCAUGAUCACCUGUUGCUUCCUCCCACUGGCUGUCAUCAUUCUCUGCUACCUGCAAGUGUGGCUCGCUAUCCGUGCGGUUGCUGCCCAGCAGAAGGAGUCAGAAUCUACACAAAAAGCUGAGAGGGAAGUAUCAAGGAUGGUCGUGGUUAUGAUCAUUGCCUAUUGCUUCUGCUGGGGACCAUAUACGAUAUUUGCCUGCUUUGCUGCUGCCAACCCAGGCUAUGCCUUCCACCCCCUUGCAGCUGCCCUGCCUGCCUUCUUUGCAAAGAGCGCCACCAUCUACAACCCCAUUAUCUACGUCUUCAUGAACAGACAGUUCCGUAACUGCAUAUUGCAGCUCUUUGGCAAGAAGGUGGACGAUGGCUCUGAGCUCUCCUCCACUUCCCGCACUGAAGUCUCCUCUGUCUCUAAUUCUUCUGUAUCGCCAUCAUAAGAACCCCUGCCUGGAUGGGCACCGUGACAGGACUCUGCCUCCCAGGAGAGCCCCAGUGAUUGUGAGCCUCCCCUUCCUUCUGUGCCGCAUGGAUUCCCUUUGAGCAUAUGAAAUACUGGCCUGCCAUCUCCACAGAUCCUCUCCUUUGAACUUAGACUGUGCCCCAGGCUGGGGUACUGCUGUUUCUCCUGUGGUUGGGGGAGGGAAAUGUUUCUGUUUUCCUCCAAGAAUUGUUUUUGGAUGGGGGUGAAGGAUGCAGAAUUCCAUGCUCAAAUAUCGCAGCAUUGUGCACCUUUCCUGGGACAUCAGGGGUUGCCUGGACACUCCUUCCCCUCAGCUGUAAUCCUAAAGUAGUCUACCACUUGCUACUCUGUCUCCCAGAAGGGAGCAGAACUAAGGGGGCUCCCUGUGGGAAGUAUAUAGCUUUUGUAAAGCAACUCUGUGCAAGGCCCUUCCUUGAAACUGCCCUGAAGACCACACAUCCCAAGUUCAACACACUGAUUCCUGUGGAUGGAUGAGUUGGUGGAUGUGAACCAAUAUAAUUCACAAUUUGACCAUGCAGCACCUAUUUUUAUUCCCUUUUGCUCUGUCCUUCCUAUAAAAAAUCCACUGGUACCAGAGAGUGCAUCACAGGGGUGGACGGAUGAAUAAAGUUUGUCCUCCAAGGUGUCUGUGCCUCAGCAAGGUUGGGUGUAUUGAGUUCUAGCUCUGUCUAGGAGCUGACGUAAUUCUAAUGUGGGACAGAACCACGGAGAAUCAGCACAAGCCACCUUGGACACCACUGAGGACUUAGUGCUUCUCCCCAACACGGCUCAACUGGAACCUUUCUGUACAUAGUGUUUGAUACUAAAGCCUAUUGUGUCCCUGGGACAUCUAGCUAGAAAUGCAAUGAAGGAAAAUGGAAAAAAAAACUGACUGCAGCAAGAAUAAUGAGAUAGAGAAUAAAGAUUUUUAACUUCUGUAUAAAAGCUCAGUUUUUAUCCUACAAACUAUGUAACAAAACAGUGU